CUGAUAUCUUUUUGCCAGUCGCUGCUUCGGUUUUUCAAGGCUUAUUCACUGUUAUGCAUUAUCGCUAAAAUGGUUUAUUUAGAGAUCAUAGCAUAUGGCCUACUGUUUCUUACAUAUUCAGUAGCAUGUUUUACAAGUCCAUUCACUAAAGGCAAUAUCAUACACUCUGAACUGUCACCAGAUUAUCUGUUUACAAGACUUAGAAGUCGUUCGGUAAAAAAUAGUUUGGAACGAAUUUUUAAUAAAAUCAAUAUUAUUCGUAAUGUUGGCACCCCUGGUCACCUUAAAGUUAGAGAAUUUAUUCAAGAUUAUCUAAACAAACGCGGUUGGGAAACUGAUUUGGAUACUUUUGAAGAAAAUACAGUGGUUGGUGUUAAAACAUUUCACAACAUUAUUGGCUACAGAAGUAACCCAAACUAUACGAAAUAUUUGAUUUUGGCUUGUCAUUAUGAAUCAAAACUUCUCCCUAAUUUUGUUGGAUCAACAGAUUCAGCAAUGCCUUGUUCAAUUAUUUUGAAAAUUGUCGACAUGCUUAACUAUGGGAUUAAAGCACUGAAGAAAUCUGAUAUUGGUUUGAAGCUGAUAUUUUUUGAUGGAGAAGAAGCUUUCAACCAGUGGACAGAUACUGAUAGCUUAUAUGGAUCUCGACAUUUAGCUAAAAAAUGGAGCAGUACAACAUCCAAAUCAUCUAAUGAAACAGAAUUGAAUAAAAUUGAUCUUCUUGUCUUAUUGGAUUUACUUGGUGCAAAACAGCCUCACAUACCAAAGUAUCCUUAUGAGGAUAAAGGAAGUUUUAAUAUGCUCAUGGAACUGGGUAAGGCGUCCAUGAUGUUAUUAUUGUUUACUGUAGAUAACAACUUUCGUUCCAUUUUAAAUGAAUAAUUUCACAAUGUCAGUAUGGAUAUGGAUUGUGGAGGUUGUUGAAUUUUUCAUUGAGAUCAUGAUCAUUGAAAACCUGGAAGUAAUAAACAGUUGUUUAGUCUUAGUUUCACAAUUAUCGGUCGCUAAAUCUACGAGGGAAAAAUCAUAGUUAUAUGGAUCUCAAUCAAUGAUAUAAAGUAAUUUGCUUCGAAGAGGCCUGGACUAGACUCUCUAGUGAAACAUUGAAAACGUCUAAUUUCAAUCGCUAAGAUUUUCAUGAAUACAUAAUUUUCUUUGAAAAGGAGAAUGAGAUCUUUUAAUCUAUUGAAAUCAUCAAGUGAAAAUAAUAAACCCUAUUUUGGCCAUGCUGUUCACUACCAGAUUGGUGAUGAUCAUAUGCCAUUUGUAGAAAAAGGUGUCCCUGUACUACAUUUAAUUCCUUUACCAUUUCCAAAAGUAUGGCAUACAAUAGCUGACAAUGCUACAAUUAUAGAUUGGGAUACAUCGGUUGAUUUAUUAUUACUUAUAGAAUUAUUUGUUAGAAAUUACCUACAUAUUCUAUUAUGAUAUGUAUAUAUGUACAUAUAUACAAUAAGUGUUAAUGUGGAUUCUAUGUAUUUCAUGCAUAACUUCACCAAAUUUGGUUUCACAAAUAGACCUAAUGAGUUUUUCUAUAGUUUGUAUAAUCGUAGAGUAAAUAUUAUAAAACAUAAUUGUAUAAAUAGACUUUUAUAUUUAUUUAUAUAUUUACUUACACUGUUAAUGAUAUGUAUUGUUUUAUAGUAAAUUCCAUUCAUUUAUUCUUUAUCUAAAUGAAUGAAUUCAUGAUUUGUUUUUUAACAGGUUAACUGGUACAAUUUGAAAUUUUAUAGUUACUAAGCAGCUAGUGUAUUACAAUAAACUUAUUUAAUUAUUAUCAUAAAUUUCAAUAGUUGAGAACAUGAGUCCAUUGAAGCUGGACCACUAUGGAAUACUUGGAAGCAUUGGAUGGCUGUCUGUUUUAAGAUAGUAACUCACUGAAGACAAUGGUGGAUGUGUCUCUCAAUUUCGUGGAUUGGUUAAAGUUAGACAUUAACACCG